AUGCAGAAAACUGCCCAGAGUGGGAAGACUGCACAGGCAUUCACAGAUGAGCUAGAAAAAUUACGUAUGCUCCUCGAAGCAUCUUAUAUUGACAAGGGUUUAUCCCCAGAAAUUGCUGACGAGUUCAGCACUAAAGAAGCCAUUAGCACAAUGGUUAAAAACUGUCCACACAACCGGCUCAAAACAAUAAUAGAAGCAGGCAACUUCAAGAACAUGAAUGAAGCAGUUGCCAAAUACAUUGAAUCUAGCACUGAAAUGACAGGCAACGCCAGUACAAUCCUAUUCACACAAAGAGGAAGACCGUAUCGAGGUAGCACCUACAGAGGUAACCAAUACGGUAGGGGCAAUGGCCGAAGUUUCAACCAUAACAAUGGUCAUUAUAGCAACAACAUCUACAGAGGUACAAACAGAUUCAACGGAAACAACAGGGGGCGUGGAAAUUUUAGACGCAACCCUAACAACAAUAAUAACAAUGCUACCUACACAAACAAUUCGAAUGUGAGAAUUUCCCAGAACGCAUCGGGAAACUCACAACAGCCCUUAGGUACUCAGCAGUAG